AUGGAAACACUUGAUAGGAAUCAAUCCUUCGAAAUUUCUCCUCUACGAGAACCCCACUAUUCGAAACUUUUAUCAAUGAAAUCAUCUUACAAAAAUUUUAUUGUUGAUAAAAAGCGCAAAUUAUCUCAAAAUUCUUACUUCCUCAAAAUAUUUUACUUGAUCAUACUGGGCAGUUUUGAUUUUUUUAAAAUUUUCGUUCUUCGAUAUUUAAAAUAUUCCAUUCAGAAGUAAAAAUUAAUUUAAUUUUUAAAAUUGAUUUUUUAUGAGUUAUUUAAAAUUAAAUAUUAUUAUAACAACCAUUAAAAUAUUUUUUAAAAAAAAUUUUCAUACUUAAAAAAUGAGUUUUUAUGCGAAAAGCAGGGAUUUUUCAAAUUGUUUACUCAUAAAGAGUUAUUAAAAUUAAAAUUUACCCAAAAUUUUCUAUUAAUUUAAAAAUUAUUUUAAAGAUAAAUAAAAGCCCUCAAAAUUCAUCAAUUGAAAUUGAAAAUGUGUCUAACAAAGAAAACGAAAUGACUAAAGAAGACUCAGUCUCCCAAUUUGGAUUUUCUAUAGAAAAUAUUUUGCCUAGUCCAAAUACAGAAAGUCUUAAGCCGAAUAGUAUUGGCAGAAUCCUUUCUUACAACAAAAAUCAAAGAUUUGUAUCUUUAAGCUCUAUUAUUCCGGCACAAAACAAAGAAUUUUCACAAAUCAAUAAAAUUGUCGAUAGAAAUCUGGUCCGAUCUUUACAGAAUUUUGAAAUUCAAGAAAAGCAAUCAAGAAAUGCAAGUUUUUCUGAUGAAAAUUCUUAUACCCUAUGCAUAUAAAAUGGUUAUUUUAUAAUAAAUUAUUGCAAUUAUCUAUCAGCCAUGUUUAUAGGCUAUAUAUAAAUGAAAAUAUAAAUCCCAAUAUUUUUGAACUCGGGUACUAUGAAACUAAAACAUCUACUGACUCUUAUAUACAAAAUUUAGACAUUUUAGGGGUAUCUCCUUGUGCAUGCUUUUGCAGAACCUGCGAAGUUUUGGUAAAUUCAGAAAUUUCUUUAAAAGAGGAAAGAGGAGUUAAAGGAGUUUUCUUGAAUUUUUUGUAUAAAACUAUGGGGUGUUGCUCGAAUCCGAUAUGAAUACAAAAAAAAUUGGUACACCGUUGUGAAGUUUGCAAGUCAAUACUGGGGUACGUAUCUUAA